GGAAAUGCUUGGAUUUCUACCCGGAUACAAAUUCUCCGGACAACAUAGUAGUCAUCGAGAGGAGGGGGAGGAGAAACAGAGUUAGAGUGAAUCCAUAGAUCCGCCUCAAAUCGGACCACCGCGGCGGACGGGAGAGAAUCCGACGCUCAUCUUCGGAGAUAAAUCCUCUCCUACGAAACGGAACGAUUUUGGAAGUGUUUUGUUGAAUAAUCAAUCAAUCACCAGAUAGCAGUUAUGGGGACAACCACAAAAAGGCAUAAACUUGUUGCGGAACAAUUGGAGAGGCCAUGUGAAGAUAGGAUCAGCAAUUUGCCGAGCAGUCUAAUUGGUUAUAUACUCUCUUUUCUUCCCACAAAAGAUGCAGUGGCCACAAGUGUUUUAUCAUCUAGAUGGAAGGAUUUCUGGCCAUUGGUCACCCGCUUGUCCAUUGAUGAUUACUUAUUGCGAAGUCCGGAAAGCAAGAAUAGUUUUGAGCGGCUCAGAUUUGAAUUUGUGGAUUUCGUGCAUCGAGUUCUCUUAACCGGAAGUGUUUCAGGCAUAGAGACAUUCCGUUUCCAAUGCAGCCAACGCUAUGAUGCUUCAUCUGUUCGCGCAUGGCUAUCUUCCGCACUGAAGGGUAAUAAUGUCCGAGAAGUUGAUGUCAUUGUCGAUGCAUGGGACUUUUCUGUACUACCAAGUAGCUUGUUUACUUGUAGAACACUGGUAAAGCUAAACUUGGGCAAAGUUUUCAUGAAUGUCCCUGAUUCGGUAUGGUUACCUUGUCUGAAGCAUGUUGAACUGCAUGGUGUCGAGUUUCCAAAUGAUGACUCAAUAUCUAGGCUUCUCAGUGGAUGCCCCGUGCUUGGCAGUUUGUGCUUGAAGAGAUGCAUGGGAAGAAAUGUGAGAGUCAUUAACAUUUCUGUUCCUACGCUCACUCACUUGAUUCUUGAAUUUUUGCAUCACUACAGUCUCUAUAUCAUAUCUAAACAUCUUCCGAAAUUCCACAUUGUGCUCAAUACUCCAUCUCUUUUGCACAUUUCCAUCGAAGAUUCCAUACAUGAAAGUUAUGUGUUUGAAAAGCCACAUCAACUCGCGGGGGCAUGUUUUAUUCUCUAUAGUCCACUUGGCCCGAAUUUGUUGCCAGUAUUCCCAUUUGAAGGCCCGAAAUUGUCGUCAGCAUCCCCAUUUGAAGAUGUUCAUCAUAUUGCCAUACAUGAUCUUCUUAAAGGGAGUUCUAAGGUUAAAUCGCUACAUUUUGUCACCAAGGGUUUCAACCGAUGCGAGUUGAUGCCCAAAUAUGAGAAUUUGACGGAGUUGGUAUUUGGUACUCAUUGGAAUGUCACACUUGAUCUGCUCCAUACGUUUCUAGAGAGGUCGCCAAAAUUGAGCCGUUUAGCAUUAACAUUUAAUCACAAAGAUGAUGAAACAUUAAACUUUUCCAAAACUGGUGAUGAUGAUGGCGGCGGCGGCUCAUUGGAAUGGGAUCAUCCAUCUCGGCGUGUUCCCGACUGCUUAUUGUUUCAUCUUAAAAUUGUUGAAAUUUGGAAUUUCCGAGGGUUAAAAAAGGAAAUAGAAUUAGUCAAGUACUUGCUGAGAAAUGGGAGAGCGUUGGAGAAAGUGACCGUAGAGCGAGCUCCAAUACGAGGAGAAACAUCCAAAGAUGUUUGGGCUUGGCAGCGGAAAGGGCCUGGGCUGGGAGUAGUCAGGGAAUAGGUACCCCCCCGAUCAUUGUGCCUUUGGGCUUUCGUGGGUGGGCUAUCACCUUGGGGUUAACAGGCUCCGAGUGGUCACGAGGUUAACGGACCCUCGGCCCAUGGCCUGUAACCUUUCCUUCCAAAAAAAAAAAAAAAANAGUCAAGUACUUGCUGAGAAAUGGGAGAGCGUUGGAGAAAGUGACCGUAGAGCGAGCUCCAAUACGAGGAGAAACAUCCAAAGAUGUUUGGGCUUGGCAGCGGAAAGGGCCUGGGCUGGGAGUAGUCAGGGAAUAGGUACCCCCCCGAUCAUUGUGCCUUUGGGCUUUCGUGGGUGGGCUAUCACCUUGGGGUUAACAGGCUCCGAGUGGUCACGAGG